AAUUGUAGGCACACAAACUUACAGGCAGUUUUUCUUCACUACUCUUCUACUCCUGAUUAGAUCGACCAAAACUAACUAAUGCACGAAGUAAGAAAAAACGGUUGUCCAACCAGGGCUGCUGAAGUCGAUCCUUCCACUUUGUCAAACUAUCAGAGCUUCUCGGUCACAAAUACAACCUUACAUUUCGAUAUCUUAUUUGACAAGGAAAUUGUUACUGGUACCGUUGCUUAUGACUUGAACAACUUGAAAUCUACUGAUGUGCUUGAAUUAGAUACUUCUUACCUUGAAGUUGAAAAAGUGUCAGUCAAUAAACAAGACGGGACAUAUACCUUACACGAGCGUUCUGGUCCAUUGGGUUCGAAAUUGUCCAUUCCAAUUCCAACCAACGGUCCUUUAAAUGUUACAAUUCAGUUUAAAACUACUGAUAAAUGUACAGCAUUGCAAUUUUUAGACAAGGAAACAACUGAUGGAAAGAAAGAGCCAUACUUGUUUUGUCAGUGUCAAGCUAUUCAUGCUAGAAGUUUGUUCCCAUGCUUCGAUACUCCUGCUGUUAAAUCCACUUACGCAUUAUCUGCAACCUCCCCACUUCCUACUUUGAUGUCAGGAAGACCUGUAUCAGCCAAAGACAAUUUAUACACUUUCACCCAACCAGUUCCUAUUCCUUCAUAUUUAAUUUCUAUUGCUUCUGGAGAUUUAACUAGUGCUCCUAUUGGACCUAGAUCCGAUGUUUACUCUGAACCAUGCAAUAUCAAACAAUGUCAAUGGGAGUUUGAACAUGAUAUGGAAAAUUUCAUUCAAAUUGCUGAAAAUUUAAUCUUUGAAUAUGAAUGGUUGAGAUUUGAUUCAUUGAUUCUUCCAGCUAGUUUCCCCUACGGUGGUAUGGAAAUCCCAAAUCUUUGUCAAUUAACUCCAACUUUGAUCUGUAAAGACAGAUCUCAGGUCAGUGUUGUUGCCCACGAAUUAGCACAUUCAUGGUCUGGUAAUUUAGUUACCAAUUGCUCCUGGGAGCAUUUCUGGUUGAAUGAAGGAUGGACUGUUUAUUUGGAACGUAGGAUUCUCGAAGGAAUUGCCAUUGCUAAAGCUAGAGAAAAGGGAUAUCCUAACCCUGAGAAAUAUGGUGAAUCAAUCAGGCAAUUUAAUGCCAUUAUUGGUUGGACUGAUUUAGAAAAUGAUCUUAAAUCAAUGGGUGAUAAUGUCGACAAAUAUUCUACAUUAGUACAAGAUUUAAAGGGUGGUGAAGAUCCAGAUGAUGCCUUUUCUACUGUUCCUUAUGAAAAAGGGUUUAAUUUAUUAUUCCAUAUUGAACAAAAAGUCGGUGGUAAGAAGGUGUUUGAUGCUUUUAUCCCUUACUAUUUUAAAACCUUCAGAUAUAAAUCUUUGGAUACUUAUCAGUUCAGGGAAGUUUUGUACAACUACUUCAGCGACAAAACCAAGGAAUUGGACAGCAUUGAUUGGAAGGCUUGGUUAUAUGCACCAGGCAUGCCACCAAUUGAUCCAAAGUUCGAUACUACAAUUGCUGAUAAAUGUUAUGACUUGGCCAAGAAAUGGUAUAGCUUCACCCAGAAGAAUGAAUUGCCAACUUCUGAAUUUUCCGAACAAGAUAUUGAAUCAUUUGACGCUAACCAAUCUGUGGUAUUUUUAGAUGCAUUAAUCUCAUACACAAAAAUUGAAGGUUUCCACUGGAAGAACUAUAAAGACUUAUUAAGCAUCAUGGAAUCUAAAUAUACUUCUUAUAGUAAAACUUUAAAUGCCGAAGUGUUAUUCAAAUGGUUUUAUUUGCAAGUUAGCGGAGAAGUUGAGACAUUCAAGGUUAAACUAGGUGAAUGGUUAGGUACAAUUGGUCGUAUGAAAUAUGUCAGACCAGGUUUUAUGUUGUUAAACCAAGUUGAUCGAGAAUUAGCUGUGAAAUACUUCAAGCAAUUUGAACUGAGAUACCAUCCAAUCUGUAGGGCUAUGGUUAAAAAGGAUUUAGGUUUAUAGGUUCAUAAUGCGACAUUUGCAACAAUCUGUGGAAGCCGCAACAAAUAAUUUCUUUUUU